UCAUGGUCUUUUUCGCAUUGUCCUUUUUGUGCGAGUCGGUUGCAGACAAAGUUUCCCCGCCUCGACGAGGUGAGCCGAACUGUGGUCGCAGCCCUAGAGCGAGAGGGAGAGGGGGAGGCCAUUUUCCCUCCGGACCUCUCGAUUCCCCUCAUCUAUCUCUGUCUCUCUCUCUCUAUCCCCCCAUUUUCUCUGCCAACCAAGAGAGAAGAGAAAGCCCUCUCGAAGCUCUGAUUCCCCUCUCUAAUCGCGGAUCGUAACCGGAUUCGUUUCCUUUAGGUUUUGGGCUCCCGAUAUUUGCCUGGCAUGGGUGCCGACGGCGAUUCCGGCAACGCGGGCGACACCCACGCUGUCGGCAGUGGCAAUAGCGCCACCGUCCACAUACGGUGCUCUAAUGGGUCGAAAUUCUCGGUCCAGACCUCGCUUGGUUCGACCGUCGAGGCGUUUAAGGCUGUGGUCGCCGGGAGCUGCGACGUGCCGGCUGAGCAGCAGCGGUUGAUCUAUAAAGGUCGGAUCUUGAAGGACGACCAAACCCUAGCGAGCUACGUUUGACUACCUUGUGCUGUCUUGAUGGUACCGCCGUGCAUUUUGCUGUUCAGUUUGUGAAAUCAGAAAAUGAAACCUGGCUUGGAGUCAGAUCAUACUAUUCACUUGGUCCGUGGUGCUGCACCAUCAUCAGCUAAUGCUCCUGCAUCGAACCUAGGAGCUUCAAGGACUCCAAAUGAAGGUAGUGGCCUUGCUGGAGCUGCUUCUGGAGGUUCACUAUUUCCAGGCCUUGGUAUUAAUGGGCUAGCUGGUAUAGGGGGAUCUGGUUUAUCUGGGAUUGAAUUUCCAGAGCUUCAUCAGGUGCAGCAGCAGCUAACUCAGAACCCCAAUAUAAUGAGGGAAAUAAUGAACAUGCCUGCCAUCCAGAACCUUAUGAAUAAUCCCGAGUUGAUGAGAAAUAUAAUCAUGAGCAAUCCACAAAUGCGUGAGAUUAUUGACCGCAAUCCUGAUCUUGCUCACAUCCUUAAUGAUCCCAGCACUCUGCGGCAGACACUGGAAGCAGCAAGAAAUCCUGAGCUCAUGAGAGAGAUAAUGCGGAACACAGACAGGGCUAUGAGCAACAUUGAAUCUUCUCCAGAAGGAUUUAACAUGCUCAGGCGCAUGUAUGAAACUGUGCAGGAACCCUUUCUGAAUGCCACAACCAUGGCUGGGGAGAAUGGUAUGGGGUCAAACCCGUUUGCAGCUCUUUUAGGCAACCGGGGUGCCACCCAUAACAGAGAUCGGUCACCCAACCCAUCAACUACUGGUUCAGAAUCAGGUACUGGGUCUCCUGCGCCAAACAGCAAUCCACUUCCCAAUCCUUGGAGCACCAAUGCCGGAGGUGGGCAAGCAGUAAACACUAGUUCAACUCCUGCCAGCAAUGCAAGGGCACCUGGCAUUGCUGGGUUAGGUGGAAUUGAUUUGCCAGAUCUGGAGCAGAUGGUCAGUGGAGUGCAGGAUUCUCCCCUUCUGAGUCAAGUUAUGCAAAAUCCAGCCAUCAUGCAGAUGAUGCAGAACCUCCUUUCUGACCCUCAGUAUAUGAACCAGAUGCUUAGAUUCAAUCCCAAUAUGCAGGGCCUGUUGGAAACCAAUGCUCGGUUAAGAGAGAGGUUGGAAGAUCCAGAAGUUUUUCGCCAGUUGACUUCUCCUGAGACAAUUCAGCAACUUUUAUCCUUUCAGCAAUCACUUUUGUCUGUGAUUGGUCAGAGACUGUCAAGCCAGGAACAAAACCAGACAGGUGGUGGGACAGGUACACCUAACAAUGCAGGGCUGGAAUUGUUGAUGAACAUGUUUGGUGGGCUUGGUGCUGGAGGUCUUGGUGUUCCAAAUACCUCUAAUGUGCCACCAGAAGAGCUUUAUGCAACCCAGCUAUCUCAGCUUCAGGAAAUGGGUUUCUUUGAUACUCAGGAGAACAUCAGAGCACUGAGCGCCACCGCCGGUAAUGUCCAUGCUGCAGUUGAGCGGCUCCUGAGAAAUCUUGGCCAAUAGAUAAUUAUGAACUGAGAAUACCUUCCUAUUCCAUAGUAGCCUACAUUAUGUGGGUUUGUAAGAUUCUGUCAGUUUCACCUGUCUUCAUAGCUUCAAGACAGCAGAACGCAGAUUCAGCUUCUAUUCUUGGCAUGGAAUAAGCAGAGGUAGGGGCUUAUUAAAAUUUUUAUGUUGGAGCAUUGUUCAUGUAUUUCUAUUCAGAUAAGGUAUUGAGUCUGUUAUAAAUGUACAUACUCAACUUGAAGGCUGUAUCUUGUCCAAUGAACUGUACAAGCGCCGUAUUGGGUUGGUUUAUGUCGUUGUUUACCAUUUCUAUUUCAGCUUAUUACCAUAUAUUACUAGAUUUACUGAAA